UAAAAUAAGAUCUUUGAUCCGCUCCGUUAUUGUUAUGUCGCUACACAAAGAUCUGAAGACAUUCCGUGUGGGGUCACGUCGGUGUCAACUUUGGUAACCUGGGGUCGACCAAUGAAAUGCUUCUGCUUCAACCAAUCGCGGGCUAUUCUUACAAAAUGCAUUCGGUAUGAAAGGAAAAAUGGCCGACAUUAAAGUAAUCGAUGCAGCUUUAGAGAAAAUUUUACCACGUUUCGGUGUUAGUGCUUUAAAGAAAGAACAACGGAGCAUAUUGGAUGCCAUGAUUGAAGGCAAAGACUGUAUGGCCAUUUUGCCAACUGGUUUUGGCAAAUCGCUGCCUUUUCAAGUCUACAUUCCACUUAUGCGCGAGAUGAACCCCGGAUUUAGUGCUGUGAUAUUAGUCUGCUGUCCUUUAGUUGCACUAAUGCAGGACCAGGUGAAGAAAAUAUCAGCUGUGCCGGGUAUAUCGGCAGCGUACAAAGGUUUAAGUGAAGAAAGUGACAGGCAGAUACUCAGUGGGGAAAUAGAUGUCAUCUAUGCAUCUCCAGAAUCUUUGAUAAGUAAUGCAGUUUGGAGAGAAGAUAUGAAGAAAUUGAAUGUACAAAACAUAGUCAUUGAUGAAUUUCAUACGAUUGCAACAUGGGGUGAAGACCGAAUGGGUUUAAAGAAACAAGCAUUUAGGAAGUGGUUUUCGCAUGUGGGAGAAUUAAGAUCUUUAUUUCCAAAAGCCAGUGUUAUCGCACUAAGUGCAACAUCUACAGUAAAAAUUCAGAAAAGAGUUUCAAAACAGUUGUCUUUUGGACCAAACACAGUAGAAAUUGUUAUGUCUCCAAAUAAAGCUAACAUAAAAUACUCAAUAUCCAAAGUAUCCAGUGAUCUUGAAAUGGCAAUGUCCUGGCUUGUGGAUGGAAUUCAACAUUUGCAGAGUGACUUUCCCAAAACAUUAUUGUACUGUUCUAGCAUUAAUGAUGUUUCUAAACUUUACACUUAUCUCAUUAAGGAGUUGGAUGGCACAAGUCCUCUUAUUGAAAUGUUUCACUCAGAAACACCCAUUGGCAAAAAAACUGAAAUUGUCAAUUGCUUAAAUGACCAGAAUAACACUUCAAAAAUCAGAUUAGUGAUUUGUACUACUGCAUUAGGGAUGGGUAUUGAUGUGUCCCAUUGCAACAGUGUAAUUCUGUUCGGAAUACCCGAAAAUAUUGUAGACUUAGUGCAAGAAAUAGGGCGCAUUGGAAGAGAUGGGGAGUCAUCAAUUGCCCUUAUUUUGUUUAACGCUUAUCAUCUGCGUAGACUUGACAAAUCCAUGAAAGAUAUCCUACGUUCACCUACUUGUAGACGAAUAAACAUUAUGAAACAAUUUUUGAGUGAAUCCAAUUUAAGUGAACUUGAACAGGACGUUAAAAAGCAUACAUGCUGCGAUGUGUGCCACAAACUUUGUAGUUGUGGCAAUUGUGAAUAUCUUUCCUUGGAGAGACUUUUUGAACAGAGUGUCAUUUCCAACUCAGACAGUAAUGAGGCUGAAGAUUCUUUUGGAAGUUCAGAUAAUGACUUCUUAGAUGGCACACUCGACUUAAAUUCAUGUUAUGCCUGACUUUUCAAUGACUUCUCGUAAAAAACUGAUGGGGGUGGGGGAAUAAAAAACCCAUCAAAAUUAAUAGUAUUGCUUUUCCUUUCCAGUGGUCAAGGUAAAAUUUGUUCUAUUACAUGCUUGAAAGGGGCGAGAUAUAAAAGGUCAUGUCGGAUGAAAAGCUAUAUUCAAAGGGGAGGCUCUGUUUUCAGGAUCUAUGAGAAAGAUUGAACAUGUUCAGUCUGUCAUUAGAGUUGUACUAAGUAGGUUAAUUGCUUUUUAAUUCAUUGUACCUAUGCUUAAGAAUUGAGUUAAAUCAUUAUUUUUAAAGGGUUGUAAUGUCUUGAAGAAAAGUACUAGGUAUUUGAUUGGGGUGGGGGUGUAUGUGUCAGACAUUGAACUUUUAAUCUCGCCCUUAAUCUUUAAAAUGUUUCUUCGAUCGACAUGCCAAUAAAUUUAAGUGAAUAACUAG